AUGCAUUCCUUCCAACUUCUCGGACUGGCUGCGCUGGGCUCCCUCGUUGCCGCCGCUCCGUCGCCGUCCCGUGUGUCGGACCUGACGGAGAGGUCCUCUUCCUGCACUUUCACCGAUGCGGCCAAGGCCAGCUCGAGCGCGUCCAGCUGCUCCUCCAUCGUCCUCAAGGAUAUCGCCGUCCCUGCGGGCAAGACCCUUGAUCUGUCCCAUGUGAAAGACGGCACCACCAUCACCUUCGAGGGCACCACCACCUUCGGCUACAAGGAAUGGAAGGGCCCUCUGAUCCGCCUGGCCGGUAAGGACAUCACCGUGACCAUGGCGAAGGGCGCUGUUAUCGACGGUGAGGGCUCUCGCUGGUGGGACGGCAAGGGCACGAACGGCGGCAAGACCAAGCCCAAGUUCCUGUACGCCCACAAGCUCGAAGACUCGACCAUCAAGGGCCUCAACAUCAAGAACACCCCCGUGCAGGCCAUCAGCGUGCAGGCCAACAACCUCCACCUGACCGACAUCACCAUCGACAACUCGGACGGUGACAGCAAGGGCGGCCACAACACCGACGGCUUCGACAUCAGCGAGAGCAACGGCGUCUACAUCAGCGGCGCCAACGUCAAGAACCAGGACGACUGCAUCGCCAUCAACUCCGGCAAGAACAUCGAGUUCACCGGCGGCACCUGCUCCGGCGGCCACGGCCUCUCGAUCGGCUCCAUCGGCGGCCGCGACGACAACACCGUCCAGGGCGUCAAGAUCACUGACUCCACUGUGACCAACUCUGACAACGGCAUCCGCAUCAAGACCAUCGUCGACGAGACCGGCUCCGUCAGCGACGUCACCUACUCCAACAUCAAGCUCUCCGGCAUCCACAAGAAGGGCAUCGUCAUUCAGCAGGACUACAAGAACGGUGGUCCGACCGGCAAGCCCUCCAACGGUAUUCCCAUCAAGGAUGUCACCGUCGACGGAAUCACCGGCUCCGUGGAUAGCAAGGCCACCCCUGUCUACAUCCUCUGCGGUAGCGGUAGCUGCUCCGACUGGACCUGGAAGAAUGUGAAGCUCUCCGGCGGAAAGUCGAGCAGUGAAUGCAAGAACCUCCCUUCGGGUGUGUCUUGCUAA